AGCGGUGACGUCACCUGUCUGCCUUGGCCCGCACCGGUAGCGUCUCCUUGGACUUGAAUGAGGGGAGCGAUCCGGUCCGAUCCGCUCGGGAGGAGCAGCUCCACACCGCCGUGUCUCUCAGGGCCGAGAGCAGCGGUGCCACCAGGAGCCACGUCCUCGCCAGGAGCCGGCUGCUCUCCGUCAAUGUUCGGCUUCAUGGGGCUGAACAGCACCGCGGCCGCAGCUUCGCAGCCCAAUGUCUCCUGCACUUGUAACUGCAAGAGGUCGUCUUUGUUCCAGAGCAUGGAAAUCACCCAACUGGAGUUCGUCCAGAUCAUCAUCAUUGUGGUAGUGUUGAUGGUUAUGGUUGUGGUGAUCACCUGCCUGCUGAACCAUUAUAAGCUGUCGGCACGUUCUUUCAUAAACAGACACAGCCAAGUUCGCAGACGGGAGGAGACCUUGUCCUCGGAAGGAACCUUGUGGCCUUCUGAUAGUGCAGCAUCCCAACACAACAUGAAUGAGAUGUACACUCCAAGAACAUCGGACAGACUGAUAGUGCCAUCAUACAUGCAGAGGGAUCGAUUUCACCGCUUCCAGCCCACAUACCCCUACCUGCAGCAUGAGAUCGACCUUCCCCCUACCAUCUCUCUUUCAGAUGGUGAGGAGCCCCCUCCCUAUCAGGGCCCCUGCACCCUGCAACUGAGGGACCCUGAGCAACAGCUGGAGCUGAACCGUGAGUCGGUCCGUGCCCCACCCAACCGCACUAUCUUCGACAGUGACUUGAUUGACAGCUCAAUCUAUAGGGGGCCCUGCCCCCCAAGCAGCAACUCUGGCAUCAGUGCCACCUGCUACGGCAGUCAGGGCCGCAUGGAGGGGCCCCCACCCACCUACAGUGAAGUGAUUGGACACUGCCCUGGCUCCGCCUUCUACCAGCACACCAACCACAGCAACAAUCAGGGGACUCCUCCCAUCCUAGGGGGCAACAGACUCAACCAAUCACAGCUCAGUGGCCUUGACAGCACAAAUGCACGCAACAAAGAGCAGCAGAAAGUGCGCCCCUUUUAGCAUGGGUGUCCAAAGAGCUGGGGCUCCUGCUCCCUUUUGUACAGAGUCCAUACCUGCGUGUCCUGUGUCGUCUGCGUGCUCACAGCUUGCCUCGAUGUUCAUCUUCUGUUCUUUCUCUCUUCUUUUUAUAUUAAUUCUUA